AUGGUGAUCACCGCUGUCCGUCGUGGACAGGCACAGGUGGUCCGACCGGACAGGCAGAUCAUCUUGAAAAAAGCGACAGCGAAUGAGAAAGCCUUUUAUGAGGCUGAGGAAUGUGCUUCAUUAGAAAGUUUUUUGCCGAUGUACUACGGUUGUGCUUUAGUCUGCACAGAGUUUGGCAACGAAGACUAUUUGGUGCUAGAGGAUGUCGCCCUUUCGAAUCCUGUACAAUGCGAUGUAAAGCUGGGCUUUGUUCAACGUGCUGCGCACCACAGUGAUGCGAAGUGGAAGUCGAUGCGUGUGAAGGCCGCUGCGACAACUUCUGCAAAGGUCAAAGAGGACAAAUAUGCUGGGCAACUGGUGCAAGCUGCUGACCUUGUGUCUGCCUUUGGGAAAUUCUUCAACCAAGAGCCCGGGCGGAAGCUUGGUGUCAUCGCCAGCCUUGAUGGGCUUCGCUUCUGGGGAGCCUCGCUGCUCUUCAUGCUUGAUGCCGAAGCAAUUUGGAACCAAGAUGCCGCGUGCAUCGACGCUUGGUUGACCCUUGUUCCGCUCACCUGGGGUCAGUAUGGCCUUUGGAUCCUUUGGAGCAUCGUGACUUCCCUGGGCCCACGGAAUGUGGUCUUCCUUGCGAAGGAAGUCUUCCCGCAGUUGGCGAAUACGACCUUCUUCUUCUCUGCCCAUACCUCUCCUGGAGUGCGCGGUCUAGUUGCUUUGACCAUUGACGAUGGCAUUUGUCGAGGCGAUCGGUCCAAGUCGAUGCUCCCGGAGGUGCUGAAGCUGCUUCGCAGCUUCGAAGCCAAGGCGACCUUUUUCCUAAGUUCCCACUAUGUUCAUGGCAACGACUUGCCUCGCUUGGUGUUUGAGGGCCACGAACCAGCAAAUCACAUGCCUGAGGACAAAGAAUAUGCCUCUUCUUCGGCCAAGUCCUUUGAAGCUGCUUUAGCUGAAACUGAUGCUUUGCUGAAUGCAGCAUGCGACAUGCUAGCUAUUUCUGCAAGAAAAUCACAGUUCAUCGGCCAAGAUGAUGUGGUGCGGCCCUUCUUGAAGGCUUCACAGAAGCGCUGGUUCCGUGCGCCACAAGCGCGGCUGACCAUGGAGAUGGCAGAGGUCUUGCAGGCCCGAAACAUGACACAUGCAUUGGGCGAUUGCUAUGCUGAUGAUUGGGCCAUCCCAGACCCGGUACGUGUCGCGUCUGUGUACUUGAGACAGGUGCAGGAAGGAUCGGUUGUCAUUAUGCACAUGCCCCAAGAGGGCUUCCGGCAGCAUACUUACGAGGUGCUUUAUCGCCAUACAUGA